AUGCGCUAUUUGUUACAAUUCGAGGCCGCCGACGGCGCGCUGCUGGAGAACGCCGCACUGGAGGUGAACACUAUGCAGGAGCAGUUCCUCGCCCAGAAGGAGCUGCUGACGGCGCAGGAAAAGAAGGAAAAGGCCGCGGAGGAGUCGCGGAAUGGGCUGCAGAACCGUCUUCAGCUUUUCAUCCAACGCUGUGAGCUUUGGCAGGAGCUGCUGACAGGGUCGUUGGGGCGGGCGUCGAGGACGCUGCCGGGGUCGAAGAGGACGAGCGCGACCCAGCCGAUCCACAGCGGUAGGACUUUGGAGGCCGCGCGAGCGCCAACCGCGGCGGGCCAGCAAACCCCGGUGAGUCGGAUGACAAGUGUGGGCGACCCCAGUGAGCGGAGUCGGCAAACCUCCGGAACGACCUUACCCAUGAAUAGCAUAUCCCCUUCCGUGGAAUCCCCCGUGUUAGGGUUUACGCAACAAAAAGGCGGACAGUUUACGACGUAUGGAGGAGAUUUAACGCAUACGGGUGCCUCGACAGGGUCGAUCUCUGAUCGAGGCCCUCCCUUUGAAUUUUCAGCCACUGUGCGAGGAGGCGAGGCUCAUUUGUGGGAUCGUUUACAUUCUCAUAAAUUACCUCAUCCUCAUGCUACUGCAGAGGAAAUGAUGGAGCGUCGAUUGGCGGCGAAAUGGGGGAAUCCGUAUAUUUUGAAACGUGCAGCCUACGAACGAAUAGAGGAGAUAAAUCCACCAGAAAGUGCAAUAACCACCACCAGUGCUCCGCACAUCACCAUUGCGAAUGCACCAGCUGUGCAUGCCGAACGUUGUACCAACUCGCAAGAGAAGCCUCCAUGUGGUCCGGUAAAAUCCAAUAUAUUCACGUCAGAUAACUCUUCUGGUGGAUUUCGCCCCUUGUUAAAUGCUCACCAGCCUUUGGUUGGGCGACAAAUGAACAAUACUAUUUCCAAUAAAGUCAACAAUGAAGGGCAACGGCAAAGUAUUGUUGGGAAAAGUUCAAAGCCUUUGGGGGUGAGGUAUCCUUCCACUAUUUCUUUGCGGGAUUCUAACCGCCGUCGUUCAUUACAUUAUCGAAAUGUAAGCAUCAUGCAGACGGGCGGUGUAGAAGCUACGAUGUGUUCCCGCCUACUCGCUCUUUUACGAAGUUUAUUUAAUGCUAUUCCCAUAGGCGGAAGUGGAGGGGAAUCUAUGAGUGAGCAGAAUGAUUCACAAACAAAGGAAAAACCAACGAGUUUGACUAUUUCUUCUGAAAUUUUGUCUAGAAAUCCAAGUAUUCAAGAACUUGUUCAAACGAAUAGGGAAGUGUUGAUUCCGGAAAGCGGGAGGAUUGGCGAGAUCCAUCUUAACAACCUACAGAAUGAGGGUGUUAAGGUUCGUGAAAGUAUUCGUAAACUGAUAAAACAUCUCUCUGAACCUCAAAUACCGAAGAGGGUUUCAGAUACAUAG